GACUGGUCACACUGGCAAGUUCGUUUAUUUUGCUUUGUCCGCCCAAAAGGAAACUUGCUGCAAGGACUGCACUCCAAAGUUGACUUUAUUAUGAGCCAGAACGAUGCUGAACCGCAUUAGAUAUGCAAUCAUGGCACCGACGACACGCAGCAGCCCCAAGAACAACAACAGCAGCAGCAACCAGCGAGCGGGAGACGCGCUCAAGGAUGCGAACUCAUCCGCAUCCAGGGAGACAGCAGGAGCUCCAAUGCGUGGCUACAAGGUUACUGAUAACGAGCGGACGAGGAAAUACGGCAUUGGAGCUAACUCCCUGGAAAUGUUGCUAGCCAAGGCAAAUUCCAAGUUUCCGCUAGUCGAUUUGCACUUGUACUUGGCUUCUGAUGGCUUUGAGGUGUCCGAUGAUGAGUACUUGGCCAGCCUGCCCGCCCAGACGCUGUUCAUUGUGGCUGGUCCGGAUGCAGUUAUUACAACUGAUGCCGACUUUGAGUUUGAGAAGAUGCGGCAACAAUCACCACUGCUAAAGGUUGCCGACAUUUUCUACGACUUUAUUGAACAGCAUCCGGAGAAGUUCCGCCGUAUGAUCACGGAGUACGAGCACCAGAAGCAGCGACGCGUCCUGGACAACACCAAGGCCCACCUUAGCCUGAAGGCCGAACACGUUGAGUGGUUCGAGGGCGGGGAGGAGCGCUUUCACUCCAAGGAAGAGGCCAUGGCCAUGCGAGCACAGACACGUGUGCGCGGCUACUACUAUAAGGCCAAGGAGGAGCUGACCCGUAAUCCCCUGUACCGUCAAAAUGCAAAGGCACGGCAGGUGAUAAACUCGGUUCUAGAGCAGUUUCGAUACCUGCUCAUCGGCUGCGACUAUUUCUCCAUGAUGUUCGACAGAAAGUGUCAGCAGAAGCACGAGUUCCUGCAGCAGCAACUGGGAGAGGAAGAAACGGACGCUGGAAGUCUCCCAAGCAAGAGAUUGAGGCAAGUGAUCAAGGAUUACACCAGGGAGAACUGCAUACUAGACGAGUGGUCUGUGUCCUUGUGCUCUAACUUGGGUGACUUCUAUUGCCAGGGCGCCUAUUCGGAGAAUGGAAACUGUUGCUCUAUGCAGCACACUAUUAAUCCGUAUGCUUCGCGCGAGAAUCUAAUUUUGUUUCAGGUCUGGAACCUGGACCACCAAAUCGAACUUUGCCGCACGAUUCUCCCCGCUCUUGUUGCCAAUGUGGAGGACCUUGUGAACCAUCCGCAGCGCAAGUGCUCGUUGCACAAGAAGCAAGUGGUUGACAUCUCCGUUCUUGAGUACUUUCUGGAAAUAUUCUCGCUAAAGAAUCUCAAACUUGUGCACAUUGUUUGCCACGAAAAGGUUCAACGAACAAACCGUUCCAACGGCCGUUUGCUGUGCCCCGAUUGUCAUGAGUACCGUAUUGUGCAAGAGCUUAUGGAAGUGCAAUUGGAGAGUCCAACCUCCUAAAUAGUGCAUCAGUUAUAAAACCGUUUACCUAGCCAAGCAAUAUUGUACACAAUAACUUUAAAAAGUAGAUUUCUUUUAGCUUAAUUGAUUUUCAAAAUUUAAACAAUUUUUGUUUUUUAGCCUUUUAUGUCAUUGAUCUCAAUUGAGAUAAGUUGUACAAAUGAAAAUAAUCUCAAAGUUAACUAUCAAACCGUACUGUUGAAUGUAUUUACAUAUAUAAUACGUAACUAUUAACAUACUUAUAUGCAUUUAAUGUUAAAAUAGCUUGACAGACUAUUAGAAUUAUGUGGCUAUGCAAUAUCGGUAUAUAACCUAGAUUUAGAUGUUUGUUGACUGUAACGCUUGUAGCUGAGAAUUCAAUACGUUUUGUUGGCGUUACAUCGAUCAGCAUGUCCAAAUAUUAAAUAUUGAUAUACCUUAAAUAUACAUAUACAGAAAAGAAAUAAGAAAAUUUUGAAAAGUAUACUGUAUACUCAAUUAUAAAUAAUGUAUACGCUAAAGUCGAAUUUAAAUUGAGUUUUUGUUAAGACUUGACAGGAUAAAAAGGUUUUUGCUACACUUGGCUUCACUGUACCUCUACCGCUUUUCUAAAAACCUAAUAAUCUUUCAGGCGCUCAAAAUUACUUCGUUUCCCAUUUAGUAAGAAACAGCUUAUUGAUUUUACUUCUCUUUAUUUACUAAAAAUGUUUACUUCAUAAAAAUUAUACAACACAAAAAUAUAUUUUAUAUAUGUAUCAAAUAAUAAUAUUCAAAUAAAUGUAAAUUUAAAAACA